CGUACAAGUCUGUUCUGUAGUGCUCAUAAUUUCGCGAAAUAUCCGCCAUUAAAGUCAUGUUUUCGUUUGCAAGAAGACAAAUUUCCGGGCAGUUUCUGAAGUUAGGCAAAAAUUUCAGCUUUUCAUCUGCCAACAAUGCAAAGGUAGCAGUGUUAGGAGCCAGUGGAGGCAUUGGACAGCCCUUCUCCCUCCUUUUGAAAUUGAACCCCCACAUCACUCAACUGGCCCUCUAUGAUAUUGUGCACACACCCGGGGUAGCUGCCGAUCUGAGUCACUGCUCGACGAAUGCCGUCGUCACUGGUCACAUGGGACCGGAGCAGUUGAAGGAUGCUCUCACUGGCUGUGAUGUUGUCACUAUUCCUGCUGGAGUGCCGAGGAAACCUGGUAUGACCAGAGAUGACCUCUUCAACACAAAUGCCUCCAUUGUUAGAGACCUGGCCAAUGCAUGUGCCAAGUACUGCCCCAAGGCUAUGAUCUGUGUCAUUGCUAAUCCAGUCAACUCCACAGUUCCAAUCACGUGUGAGGUCUUCAAGGCCCACGGUGUGUUUGACCCAAGAAGAAUAUUUGGUGUGACCACGCUGGACAUUGUCAGGGCCAACACAUUCAUUGCACAGGCCAAGGGUUUGGAUGUUGCCCACUUCAAUUGUCCAGUUGUUGGAGGUCACUCGGGCAUCACGAUCAUCCCUCUCAUCUCACAAUGCAAUCCUCCUGUCAGCUUUCCACAGGAGGAGAGAGCAGCCAUUACGACGAGAAUUCAGAAUGCAGGCACUGAAGUUGUCGAGGCCAAAGCAGGCGCUGGAUCUGCCACCUUAUCAAUGGCGUUUGCUGCAGACAAAUUUGUGACAUCCCUUUUACAAGCUCUGUCAGGUGAGGAUGGAGUCGUUGAAUGUGCAUUCGUUGCGUCCGAAGAAACUGAAGCCAAAUAUUUCUCUACACCCCUGCUGCUUGGGAAAAAUGGCGUCGAAAAAAACCUGGGCCUGGGCAAGUUGAGCGAAUUUGAGAUAGGUCUGGUAAAGAAUGCCAUACCCGAACUUCAGAAGAACAUCAAGAAGGGGGAGGAGUUUCUAUUGAAGAAUCCCGUUCAGAAUUAAAUGCUAAUUGGUCAGCUAAUUUAUUAAGGCUGCUGAUUGGUCUGUCCACGUUGUGUAGUAACUAUUUAAAAAAAGAACAAUGAUGCUGGUUGGUCGUAACCAUUCUGCUGUUAGCUAGUUUAUAAAAAUUGUGAAUAUAGGUCAUCAUUGUAAUUGUUGAUGUUGUUGAUCUCGAUCAGGUGAUCCAAUGAUUAAUUUGUCAGUGUAACAUCCUUUCGUAUGCACUGCUAUUGAAUUUUAUUCUACUUCAAAUUACAAAUUAUGUCAUUACAUGAGUGUUGGUGCUUGCCAAACAAUUUUGUUGUAUAUAUAUAUAUAUAUAUAUAUUAAUAUAUAUGGAUAUAUAUAUAUAUAUAUAAUUAUGUAAAGCUGUAUUCAGCUCGUUAAGGCUGUGUUCAGCUUGUUUAUACAUUUCUUUCCAGUGUUGUAGCAUCUAUUGUAUCCCACAUAACUCACAAUCCACAGAUUAUUCAUUAUAAAAAUAUCUGUAGAAACACCUUGGCAAUUCAUCUGUUGUACUAAACUAACUGGGCAUAACUAACACUGUAACGUCACAUUUACUGAUAAGCACUGUGUAUGGGUACCCGCAAUCAUCACAAGCAUUGAUAUGUAUAUAUGCAUAUAUCUAGGCUUUUGUAACUUUCCAUUCACUCUCUAUGUAGUAGCCGUAGUUUGAGAGUUCAUUUACAGGUAUAUUAAUGUCAUAUUAUUUGUACUUUAUGACAAAUUUUGUAGUUAUUCAAAUGUAUUUGGUAGAAAAUUGUUAGUAGAUUGUUGUUUGUUAUUCAUAUUUAUAACUUCAUCUGUUUUUCAGCAAAAUUGUCCUCCAGUUUUAGGAGAAUUUUUGUUUAUCAUCUCGUUGGCUUGUAGCUUUCAAAAGUUUUCCAUGUGAAAUAAAACCGUUGUUAUUGAUAAUUACAGCCAAUGUUGAUCAUACUCAUUAUGUUUUUGAAUUAGGUCAAAUUAUUUUUAGUUGAACCCUGAAAAAUUUUCCAUUUUUGUUUUAUUUUGAAUUUGUUUUGAUCUGAAAAGCACAUGAAAAUUGUGCUUGUAUGAAAAAAGCUUUAAUAGUAUGUAUUGUGGUGAAGAAACAAUCAAGCAAAUGUU